AUGAGUGGAAAAUUGGAUUGUGUGAUCGUGGCCGUAGAUGGCAGCGAAGAGAGUAUGAACGCCUUGAAAUGGGCUCUCGAGAACCUGAAACUGGGGUCUUCUGAGUGUUCGUUUAUUAUACUCCACGUUCAAUCUCCGCCGACUAUAGCAGCUGGCCUUAAUCCCGGUGCAAUCCCUUUUGGCGGUCCCAGCAAUCUGGAGGUGCCUGCAUUCACUUCGGCAAUUGAGGCUCACCAGAAACGGAUUACGGAGGCUAUUUUGGAUUAUGCUCUUCAAAUUUGCUCAGAUAAAAAUGUUGGGGUUUUUAUUCCUUUCUCUCUGUUCGUGUGCGUUUUUGUGUAG